AAGGAAGGCUAAUAAAGUCAGAAUAAAGGUGGAAUAGAGUAGAUUAUACUUAUCCCUCCUUGCCUUGGGUCCUGGGAAGGAAGGCGGCGGCGAGGCGUAGGGCGAGGAUAGGAGGAGGAGGAGAAUAGGAUGUACCGGGACGUGUCGCUGUGCAACACGUACAACUACGGGGACGCGCUGUAUUGGGACGCUCGCUACGUGGAGGAAGGGGGCGCGUCCUUCGAUUGGUACCAGCGAUACUCCGCCCUCCGCCCCUUCGUCCGCAAAUUCGUCCCCACCUCGUCCCGCGUCCUCAUGGUCGGCUGCGGCAAUGCCGGGCUGUCCACUCUGCAGUAUAUUGGAAAUUCAUGCCAAACAAAAAAACGUUAUGUCAGAGGACAUGGUGAAGGAUGGAUAUGUAGACAUAAUGAACAUUGACAUUUCUUCUGUUGUAGUAGAGAUGAUGAGAAAAAAAUAUGCGCAUGUUCCGCAGCUGAAGUACAUGCAAAUGGAUGUAAGGGAUAUGAACUUCUUUCAGGAUGAAUCAUUUGAUUGUGUCAUUGAUAAAGGAACUCUGGAUUCUCUGAUGUGUGGCACCGAUGCUCCACUCAGUGUCUCUCAAAUGCUAGAAGAAGUGAACAGGCUUCUUAGACCUGGAGGGAUCUAUAUGUUGAUAACAUAUGGUGAUCCAUCAGUACGCAUUCCCCAUUUGAACCAAGCUGGAUGUAAUUGGAAAAUUGUACUAUACAUCAUACCCAGACCUGGAUUUGAAAGCCGUGUAGGCUGCAGUUCAGCAAAGUCUAUCAUGGAGCCUGUUCCACUUACAGAGAGGGGUCUGCUUCCAGCAGGUUUUGUUCUCGAAGAUCCAGACUCCCACUACAUUUAUGUUUGCAAGAAGAUGCAUGGAUCAUUCGGAGGUGCUCCCCAGAUUCCCAAUCAAGUGGGAGCAACUAUUGCACAAUGAAUAGAGGGUACCAUUUAAACGUUCAUACAUUCUGUCAUUCUAAAUUAUAGUGGCCCAAUCCACAAUGUACCAAUGAGAUAUUAGAAUGUCACUUUAGAAGGUAUGUGCUUCAUACUCGUAAUUAAAUUCAUUAGUGAUGCUGGAACAGUGAUAUCGUUGAGAAUGAUAUCAGCCUUUUUAAUGUUGUGUUAUUGUUAU